AUGGUCAACCUCAUUAUUGUUCCGCGGUCUAAGAACCUCCGGAAGAUCAAUUGCGACACGGAUCCAAGAACUAAGGUCCAGGCUAUUAUCAAUGAAUAUUCCAAUGUGAAUAAGAUCAACCCAAACAGGGUCAGAAUCUCUGUUGUUGAGGACGAGGAAUCAAAGGACAAGAAAUCUGUCAGAAAGACAUUGAAGAACGAGAAAACCUUGGAAGCCAAUGGCCUUGACUUCUCCAAAACAGACACAAUUACCGUUUAUGCCAAAGAUGUGGGUCCGCAAAUCGACUGGAGAACAGUGUAUCUGAUUGAAUAUUUCGGGCCGAUACUGAUCCACUCCUUGGUCUACUUCUUGCUCUAUAACCCAGAAUUCAACACUCCUACCCAAGUUGCCUCUUACGUUUUGUCGACUUUGCACUAUUUGAAAAGAGAAUACGAAACCACUUUCAUUCACAUGUUUUCUGCUGACACCAUGCCUCUGAAGUACCUUUUUAGAAAUUCCGGUCAUUACUGGAUUUUCAAUGGACUCUUCAUUGCUCUUUGUGUCUAUGCUCCUCAGAGAUACUACACAGGAAUUCAAAAGUACAUUUUCCACGUUGAGGACAGAACUCUUGACGAAUUGUACGUGUUUGCUGGUUUGUGGGCCACUUGCGAGUUGGCCAACUUCUACUGCCACUAUUUGCUCAUGAAGCUGAGAAGUGACGGAUCAAGAGAAAAGAGAAUCCCAUACGGGUUCUUCUUCUCUCUAGUUUCCUUCCCUAACUACUUCUUCGAGAGUCUUGGAUGGUUGAUUUACGCUAUCAUGAACAACAAUUGGUCUUCGUACCUGUUCUUCAUCAUCGGAACCGGAACCAUGAUGGUCUGGGCCAAGCAAAAGCACAGAAACUAUAAGAAGACUUUUGGAGACGACUACCCAAAAAACAGAAAAGCCAUGAUUCCAUUUAUUUUCUAG